CAAAGCUGCUCUCUCUCUCUUUCUCUCUCUCUCAGUUCUCUGCAGUCCGGAAGAAUGCUUUCAUUCAGACAGAGACUGCUUUUUCUGCACAGAACCAGGAAAUCCAACCACCAAACAGCAAACGAUAACAUGAAGAUUGCAUCCUACUGAAGACUGUUUUGAUAAGAAGGUGCAGCAGGAUCAAGCGUGAACAUCUGUGGGUCUUGAAGGUUGUGCUUCUUUCUUCUGUGACGUCUGUCCGAGGGUCUGUGUGUUUCUCUUGGCCACUCUCAGGCUUUGGCUUGGCUGCACUUUGACACUGUCGCGAUGUUGCAGCAAAUAUUACAGGACAUGUACAUAGACCCCGAGGUCCUGGAUCAGCUGAAUGAGGAACAGAAACACAUUUUAUUCCUGAAGAUGAGACAGGAGCAAGUGCGGAGGUGGAAAGAAAGGGAAGAAAGGAGUGAGCGAGAGGAGAAAAAGAGGAAUGAAGCCAGCGGCCAGAAAGAUUCAUCAAAACGGGUUAAGUGGCUUUUGGGAAAUGAUGGAGAUGUGUGGGUGUGGGUGAUGGGAGAGGCUCGAGGAGAUAAGUCAUACGAGGAGAUCUGCAGUGACAUUUCUACCAAAGCCAGCACAUUCACAGAAAGUUCAAGAACCAAAGUCUCAGUCGCUGAUCACAGCUCUGUUGCCUGGAAAUCGGACGAACAAAUUAACCUCAGCAAAGGCACUGACGUACAAACAGCGGGCAAGGUGACCGAAGAUCACAGUGAAAAGUGGAAGAAACAUAAGGAAGAGAAGAGUCACAGUGAGCUCUACGUGACUUACACGGAGACCCACUCCCCACCAUUGAAACCGAGGAACAAGCAGUACAACUGGAAGGAAAAAUGCAGCGAUUCUCUGGAGGACAGCGAACAGAGACAAUCUGUGGUCGAGAGAGUGACAGAAGAGCGCAGACACCAGGCACCCAGGCCCGUGCAGCGAGGAAAAGUGGCGGAACUUUUGAGGAACUUUAACCGUUUACAAGACAACGCCACGGGUGACGGCAACGGGUCGGCUACGAUCGCCAGAGGGAUGCUCACCGUGUCACCACCAUCGCUCGCGAUCGCUGCGGGAGCCAACGCCCCGCCCGUGUACAGGUCUCACAGACUGUAAACACCAAACUCCACACCGUGUCUCUGCUUCACACUGCCUUUUCACAGUCACACAUGCCAAAAAUAUACACAUAUAUAUUCAGUAAACCUCACAAAAGUCAUAUCAGACAGGACCGUACAUUGAAUAUGACUUAUGCGGAGUAUGAGUUAUGUCAAACUUGCAGAAAAAUAUAAACUCUGAGAACGGGACUU